AUGUUAGUAAUUGCAGCACAAAGAUUCAUUUCAAUUACACGUGAAAUUACUCCCAAUCCAAAUUCUAUUAAGUUUUUUCCUGGAAAAGAUAUUAUAAAUUCAGGAACUGUAAUUUUUAACACUGUAGAAGAUGCUAAAACGUCGCCGCUGGCUAAAUCUUUAUUAGAGAUAAAAGGCGUGAAGAGUAUUUUAUACGGCAAAAACUGGAUUACCGUUUCUAAAUUUGAAGAGUAUAAGUGGAAUCUUUUAGAGAAAAAAAUUGAAGACACUAUUAAAGAGUUCUAUUCUUCCGGAAUAUCCGUCUUCGUAGGUUCACUACCAAAUGAAGAAACGCCUGUUGAUCAGUUGGAUAAUGAAACGAUUUUACUAAUAAAAGAAAUUUUGGAUCACAAAAUUCGUCCAUUUCUUCAGGAAGAUGGCGGAGAUGUUACUUUUGUGGAUUUUAAAAAAGGAGUUUUGUAUUUAAAGCUUGAGGGCGCUUGCGGGGAUUGUCCGUCUUCAACCGUUACCUUAAAGGAUGGCAUUGAAAAUAUGUUUACUUUUUAUGUUCCUGAGGUUAAACGUGUAGAACAAGUAAAAGAAAAAUAUGAGGAGGUUGGGCUUGAGACUUUUCAAAAUAUGGAGGAAAUGCUCAAAAGGAAGGCUGUUGAUACACACGAAAAUAAUACUAGUUCUUAGCGAUGCAAGGAUGUU